GCGUAGGAGCGCUUGCGGUAUGUGGGCCGUGCGAGCCGCCGUCCGCCCGGGGUCCUGGCUCUUUCGCGUGGCUCGCGGCUGCGGGGCUCCGAGGGCCGCGCCGCCGCUGUCGCCCUGCCCCGAGCGUGCGCUCGCCGCCUUCCGAGGGGGCCUGGGGUGCCCGGAGGGGCGAGGGGGUGGGGGGCGGGGACCACGUGCAGAUGGCCGGAGAAGUCGGACUGGAGGAAAGGAGGGUGAGGAGGAACCAGAAGCUGCGGAGGAGGAGGAAGAGGAGGAGGAGGAGCUGCUGAGGAGGGACCCUUUGCUGCCGGCGGGGACCCAGCGCGUGUGCUUGGUUCACCCUGACGUCAAGUGGGGGCCCGGGAAGCCGCCGGGGACCCGAGCUGAGUGGCAGGUGGUGGAGGCACAGGCGCUGGUGCACACGCUGGAUGGCUGGUCGGUGGUGGACACGGUGGUGGUGCCCACCAAAACGCCAGACAGGAAGCUCGUCUUCGGCAGAGGGACCUUGGAGCGCCUGACAGAGAAAAUCAGAGGGUCCCCGGAAAUCACCGCCGUCUUCCUGAAUGUGGAGAGGAUGGCUGCACCCACCAAGAAAGAACUGGAAGCCGCCUGGGGUGUGCAGGUGUUUGACCGAUUCACGGUGGUUCUUCAUAUUUUCCGCUGCAACGCCCGCACCAAGGAGGCCCGGCUGCAGGUGGCGCUGGCCGAGCUCCCCCUGCUCAGGUCCCACCUGAAAAACAACGUUGCCCACCUGGGCGGACGAGGACGGGACUCUCGCCACAUCAUGGGGUCAGGAGAGUCUUUCAUGCAGGUGCAAGAGCGCCUCCUGAAAGAUAAGGAAGCGAAGAUUCGGAAGGCCCUGGACAGACUCCGCCGGAAGAGGCUUCUUCUGGGGCAGCAGCGGAGGCGGCGGGAGUUCCCUGUGGUCUCCGUGGUUGGAUACACGAACUGCGGAAAGACCACGUUGAUCAAGGCCCUGACAGGGGACGCCGCCAUCCAGCCCCGGGACCAGCUGUUUGCCACGCUGGACGUCACAGCCCACGCGGGGUGGCUGCCCUCCCGGCUGACUGUCAUCUACAUGGACACCAUUGGCUUCCUCUCCCAGCUGCCCCACAGCCUGGUCGAGUCCUUCUCGGCCACCCUGGAGGACGUGGGCCAUUCGGUGAGUGUGGAGGGCCAGGUCGCCUCAAAUACCCACCAACAGGAGGCAGGUCCCCUCAUCCCAACAUCACGGGCCUGGGUCCCCUCAUCACAACAUCACGAGCCUGGGUCCCCUGAUCACAGCAUCACGGGACAGGGUCCCCUCAUCACUGCAUCACAGGGACACGGUCCCCUCAUCACAGCAUCACGGGGCAGGGUCCCCGCAUCACAGCAUCACUGGACAGGGUCCCCUCAUCACAGCAUCACGGGACAGGGUCCCCUCAACACAGCGUCACAGGACAGGGUCCCCUCAUCACAGCAUCACGGGGCAGGGUCCCCUCAACACAGCAUCACGAGCCUGGGUACACUCAUCACAGCAUCACGGGACAGGGUCCCCUCAUCACAGCUUCACAGGCCUUGGUCCCCUCAUCAUGGGCCUGGGUCCCCUCAUCCCAACAUCACGGGGCAGGGUCCCCUCAUCACAGCAUCACGGGACAGGGUCCCCUCAUCACAGCAUCACGGGACAGGGUCCCCUCAUCACAGCAUCACGGGGCAGGGUCCCCUUAUCGCAGCAUCACGGGCCUGGGUCCCCUCAUCACAGCAUCACGGGGCAGGGUCCCCUCAUCACAGCAUCCCGGGGCAGGGUCCCCUCAUCGCAGCAUCACGGGGCAGGGUCCCCUCAUCACAGCAUCCCGGGGCAGGGUCACAUUACACAAAACUUCACGAUGACUGGAUCCCCCCCAUCCCUGGCCCUCAGCGAGCUGUGCUCUGUACGAGUGUAAGUGCUGUGAAGGCAAUGCUAAUGAAGAAGGGGUUCUCUGCACCUUUUGGCUGCACUGGGGCCCCGAGCCAGUGAACCCUGGCAUUUACUCAGGGUACAGGGGCUGCGGGGCCCUCCGGGUGACAGAUGCCCCAGCACCUUCGAGGUCACAGCAGCUGAGCCUGAGGGCCACGUGCAGCUGCCAGCACCGUCCUCAAAAGUGUCUGAAAAUCUAGAACUGAACUGAAACGCUGAUUAAAAGAAAAUUUAAGUUCAUCCAAAAAAAGAGACAACCCAGAAGCGAACCCCCCAAAUUGUGAAGGGCACGUCCUUCCUGUGGCAGAAUUACUACCCUCAGCUGCUCUUUCUCCUUUUCUGUCUCUUCUGAAUUUUGCAUAAGGUACCUGCCUGUAAAACGUGUGGAAUAGGGGUGGAAGCCUUUUUAGAACGUGAGCUUGGUUUCACAGAACAGUGGAGCAGCCCGGAGCCUCGAGCACAGCACCCGCCGGGUGCGGGGUUGGUGACGGGGGCAAGUGGCCGCACGCAGGCGUAUGGCCAGCACCUGCGGGGCGGGGACACGAGGCGGCCCCUCAGUCCGGGUGCACCUGGAGCGGCAGCCUGGCCCGGAACGAGGGGCACUGGGGGGCUCCGUGCACGGCAGAGCGGCUCUGUGGCCUCAGGUCCCACCCUCCCUCUUGGGGCACAAGCCUCCGUGGGGCAGCCGCACCCACCCCCCAGGGAGAGCGGUGCGCAGCCCCCAUCGUGGGCCUGGCGGGUCCUCCCGAGCGGGGCCGGGCACCGCUGGCCCCGAGCUCUCCGACUGCCUGGCCCCUCUGGUCCUCAGGAUCUGAUCGUCCACGUGCGAGACGUGAGCCACCCCGAGACAGAGCUGCAGAAGGCCAGCGUCCUGUCGGCCCUGCGGACCCUGCAGCUGCCGCGCCCGCUGCUGGACUGCAUGGUGGAAGUGCCCAACAAGGUGGACCUGGU